CAUGAGUUCAUGUAGAGAACCACUUUUCUGAAUGCUCAUAUUUCAAAGAGACUUUAACUGCCACUUUGACAAUUUAAGGAUUUACAAAGUAUCAACUUUGUUGCUUUAUCUGAUAAAUUUUAUUGUUUGGAUUAAGCAGAAGUCGAAGGUAGAAGCCAUAUCAUCUCAUUGCAUCAGUAUCUUUAUUAGAAGUGUACUAAAUACUGUAGAAUUUUAAUCAGUAAUAUUUUACUGUAUUAAACUGUUGUGUUAUUAGUGUUAUAUAUCAAAAGAAUUUAUAUGAAGAUAUUAAUUUUUGCAAGAUAUGUAAGUUUAUGUAGUGUAAGAUUAUUUAUCUAAUAGUAUCGUAAUCAUAUAAAUUUGUUAUUGAUUAUUAUUCAGCAAAAUGAGGAAUGUUUCACAAGAUUUAAGUAGAUGCAAGGGAAAAAGUCGCAUCGCUCUGCAUCUUCUUAUAACUAUAUUUGGCAUAUCUACUUGGACUGGUAUCAAUGGAAUAUACGUACAAGUACCAGUACUUAUCAAUACGUCUCCGGAAAGCUGGACUUUACCAGUUUACCUAGUAUUAGUGAUACAGGCUGCUAAUAUCGGACCUUUGCUUUAUACAAUUUUACAAUACUUUCAAUGUAAAACAAACGAGUCCUGGUGGAUAUUGUGUUUGCUAGUUUUAGGAACUUGUGCAAUGGGUCUUUUAACGUUUUUCUAUUCCGAAAAGACUGUUAUUAACGAAACAGAACAUAGCGUGAUACUAUUUACUUUAACAUUCUUCGUUGCUCUAUUAGGCUGUUUCAGUUCUGUAUUAUUUAUGCCAUACCUUCGCAAUUUUAACCAAAGUUUUUUGGUAUCAUUUUUCAUAGGUGAAGGAUUAAGCGGCGUACUGCCGAGUAUAGUUGCUCUAAUACAAGGAGUUGGAGACAAUUUAGAUUGUACAAGUGUAAAAAACGAUACAACAAAUUCUCCUAACUCAGGUUUGAAUUUUUCUCCAAACGAUUAUUUCCUUUUCAUUUUUAUUAUUUUAUUUUUAUCUCUAACUGCAUUUAUUAUUUUGGAAUAUUCUCCAUUUGUGCAAAACGCUAAAAAUCUUGAUAGAUCUAUUGAUUGUAUAUGUAAUGAAACGAGAACAAGUAUUUCUAAUUGUCCUAAUGAUAUACAAAAUGUGAAACAUUCUUCAUUAAAAGGAAAUAAUAAAGAUUUGGUUGUUCAUAAUCACAAUGAAGGUCUAAUGAAACAGACGCGAUAUUAUUUAUUCAUAUUACUCGCUAUCUGUUACUUUUUUAGCAAUGGCUUCUUUCCUAGCAUACAAUCAUACUCUUGCUUACCAUAUGGAAAUGUAGCAUAUAAAUUAUCAAUUACAUUAUCUCAGUUUGCAAAUCCACUUGUAUGUUUACUAGCAUACUGGUUCACAGUAUCAGACAUAAAAAUUAUAAAUUACUUGUCUAUAGUGUGUUUAACAGUUGGAAGCUAUGUCACAUAUUUAGCAUUAAUGUCUCCUACUCCUCCACUGCACGAUACCAAACUUGGUAUUUUUCUAGUUAUAGUGUCGUGGACAGGUCUAAUAGGGUCUAUUUCUUAUUUAAAGUUGUCUAUUGUAUCGAUAUUUAGAAACACAAUGCUUCCCAAAAUACUCUUUAAUGCAGGUGCAGUUAUGCAAAUAGGUUCUGCAAGUGGCGCAAUAUUUUCAUUCAUAGCUAUUAAUUUUACCGAGUAUUUUAAAAUGCCUGAUAAUUGUGCUCUAAAAAAUGAAUAAAAUUAUAAAUGUUGCAUCUUUGUUCAUUUUCAUGAGCAUUCAUAAGUGAAGCCAAAGAUACAUGUAUUUUUACAUUGCAUUAAGUAAUGAGAACUGAUGAUUGGUAUAUCACUCUGAAUAGAGAUACAGACACAUGUAUAUAUAUAUAUUUUAUUCAUAGGGAUAUUUUUGUAAUCGAGCAUGUGUGUCUGAAUUUACAAAUACACUUAUAAUAAACACAACUAAUAAUGUUGUAUGAAUACUACAUUGACUGCGCGUCACUUGCAUUUGAGUAACUUGUGAGUUUAAAAAACAAUGUAUGAUUCAAGUAUGAUUAAUAUCUAAUUUUAUCUCAAAUAUUGCAUUCUAAUAUACUGUAUGUACGUACUCAAGAUAAACUGAUUACACAUUUUGGUCGAACAAUCGUUAUUUCCUCCUUAUGGAAAAUGAUGGAAUUAUCUAUAAAUUACAUCAAUUGUGAACUCCAGAUAAAGCGCGAUACCAUUCCAAAUAAAUAUGUAUGUAAGAAUUUUGAAAAUUAAUAUAUUCUGUUUAUCAGGAGCGCAUGAUACUAUUGUUCUUGUAAUUUGAGAUUGUUAAUUGCUUUAUAAUGAAUGUUAUACCGAUUGGGUACAAAGUUAUUUAUAAAUGUAAAACGCGCGCGAUAUUUUGUGGAUUCAAAACAGUGUUAUGAAGCGAUCUGUGCUUUAAUUAAAUGAUUUAUAGUUCAA